AUGGCUUUAGACAUGAUGGAUGAGGCAAAUAUGAAGGAAGGAAAUAUGACUCCGACUGAGAAUAAUCCUGUUGAAAGCAUGCAAGAAGACAAAAGGCCACAGAUACUUGCAUCAGACCCGGCAGCAACCCCAAACCAGGGGUUUUUGGUAAACACCGACGAAGCAAGCCGGUUACGAGAAUUGCAGGCCGACGUUCGUGAACAGGAUGAUCUUGAACGAGAUAUCUCUCGCCAGGCCGACAAGUUGCUCACGGAACAGGCUGAUGAACGGGAUAUCAAAAGACUGGAGAGAACUACUUUGGAGAAACAAAAGCUUGAAACCCAAAUUCUGAAAUUGCAUCAAAGUUUGUCACAACCAGUUGGCACAUCUGCGAGAGUUCGUAUCAGGAAUGAAGUCGAGAAGCUCGAAACCCGCAAUGCUGCAUUGGCAAAUGACCUUAUAGAAAUUCAGCAAAGGAUUGAUGACAGGCACCGAGGACAGGAGACUGCUUCUCAGACAACUGGAACUGGCCGGAUGCCGAACGAGUCUCGCCGAGAUUAUCUCAUUCGGACUGGAAAGAUCACACCCUUUUCUAAUAUGAGUACUGGGCCAAACCAUGGCCCUCUUGCCAGUCUCCAGGAUGCCCUCAUCGAUGCGGAGGACGAACGCGAUGAAAAAGAAGCAAUAGAACAGGUGAAAAAUAGAUCGGCGGUUUCACACCGUAACCUUGUGCGGCCAGGAUUCGGCUUCGAUGAGGUUCCUGACUCCGGUGUGCCAGAAGAGAUUUCUGUUUCUCGAGCAACCAAGCGCCGAAAGAUAGGCCAUGGCUCUCACAUAAGUGAGACCCGUGUAGAACAAGAAGUCUUGGAUCAAGGCGCACAGGUUCCCGAGGAGGUUCAGUCAGAGGACCAAGACGAAUCUGCGAGUUACGUGGAGUCUGAGGAGCAACCAUCUUCAUCAGAAGAUGAAGAAGAGUUUUUACCUGAAGAGAGGCCAAAACGAAUUGCGAUGCGAGAAAAGGCCCCAAAGCCUUCGAACGAGGUUGAAGAUUUUAGCGGGAUGGAUGAUGGGAACGAAAAGCUGUAUCAAUCCAGGUUCCAAUAUUGGGUUACCCGAAGGGCAGCUGCUAGGAAGCGAGCUCUUGAAGCAGGCCACGACCCCGAAGUGGAUGUCGCUGAAGACUCUGUAGAUGGACCUGAUCAGGCCGAACAGGAGGAAUGGUUCAAGUCUCAUCCCACAGUUGCGGACUUGCUGUAUGGCAACGGGUAUCAGAUACCCGGCGACAUACACCCUCUUUUGUUUGAUUAUCAGAAGACCGGAGUGCAGUGGCUAUGGGAAUUGCAGCAGCAACAGGUAGGUGGCAUCAUCGGCGACGAGAUGGGUCUUGGUAAGACUAUUCAAGUUAUAGCUUUUCUUGCGGGUCUUCAUCAUAGCAGAAAAUUGACCAGGCCCGUCAUUGUCGUAUGCCCCGCCACGGUCAUGAAGCAGUGGGUUAACGAGUUCCACCGCUGGUGGCCGCCUUUUCGUGUAUCUAUUCUGCACACGUCCGGUAGCGGAAUGGUCAACAUCCGGAAUGAGAGCAGCAGAGAGGAUGCUCUUCUCUCUCAGGAAUGGAGCGCCUGCGGUUCCCGCGGCAUCCCAACCGGCUCGAAAGCAGCUAGGAGAGUUGUCAAACGUGUGGUAGAGGAAGGGCAUGUGCUAGUGACAACAUACUCGGGUCUACAAACUUAUGCCUCUCUUCUAAUUCCGACUGAGUGGGGUUGCGCUGUUCUGGAUGAAGGCCACAAAAUCCGGAAUCCGAAUACCUCAAUCACUAUCCAUUGCAAAGAACUUCGGACACCUCACCGUAUCAUCUUAUCGGGAACUCCAAUGCAGAACAACCUCACAGAGCUCUGGUCUUUAUUCGAUUUUGUCUUUCCAAUGCGCCUAGGAACCCUGGUGAACUUUCGAAACCGAUUCGAGUUCCCCAUUCGCCAAGGAGGAUACGCGAACGCCUCUAAUCUCCAGGUACAAACGGCUGCUAAAUGCGCCGAAACUCUCAAAGAUGCCAUCAGCCCAUAUCUUUUGCAACGGUUCAAGGUUGAUGUCGCAGCCGAUUUGCCUAAAAAGAGUGAACAAGUGCUGUUCUGUAAGUUGACGAAGGCGCAGCGACAGGCAUACGAGACAUUUCUUGGUUCCGAAGAAAUGAAAUCCAUCCUUGGGGGGCGUCGACAGGUUCUAUACGGUGUCGAUAUCCUACGAAAAAUCUGCAAUCAUCCCGAUCUACAAAACCACAAGCUGCUGUCCGCAACGGCGGGCUAUGGCAGCGGGUCCAAGUCCGGUAAGAUGCAAGUCGUCAAGUCGCUAUUAGAGCUAUGGAAGGAUACGGGGCAUAAGACUCUGCUAUUCACACAGCAUCGGAUCAUGCUGGAUAUACUCGAGAAAUUCGUGAACUCGCUCUCUGGGUUCAACUACCGUCGAAUGGAUGGUACUACACCCAUCCAGCACCGGCAAACCAUGGUCGACGAAUUUAACAAUGACCCAACUCUGCACGUCUUUUUACUGACCACUAAGGUUGGCGGGUUGGGCGUAAACCUAACGGGGGCUGAUCGGAUUAUUAUAUAUGAUCCAGACUGGAAUCCCUCUACCGAUGUGCAGGCGCGGGAGCGAGCAUGGAGGCUAGGACAAAAGCGCGAGGUCACCGUCUACCGGCUUAUGACCGCUGGGACCAUUGAGGAGAAGAUCUAUCAUCGCCAGAUCUUCAAGCAGUUCCUCACGAACAAGAUCCUGAGAGAUCCCAAACAGCGCCAGACUUUCCAAAUGAGCGAUCUCCAUGAUCUCUUCUCCUUAGGAGAAGAGAAUCAGGGCCCUACGGAGACAAGCAAAAUAUUCAAAGAUGCUGAUGUCACUUAUGAGAACAGAGGUAGCACAUCUCGACUGCCUGGCGCAACAGCUCAAGGACGAGAUGCGUCGGAUGAUCUGCGGGAAGAGAAGAAGGACAUCAGCAAAGUGGUUGGUAUAGCGGCGGUUGAAAAGUUUCAGGGCGACGAAGAGCAAUGGAGCAAACAAAAGAAAGAAACUCCCGGUGUCAACUCCGAGUCUCGCAUUAUGGAAGGCAUAUUUGCUCGAUCUGGGGUCCAUUCGGCCCUAGAGCAUGACCAGAUCGUGAAUGGCAAGCGAGUGGUGCGAGCAGACCCCAAGAUAAUCGAGGCAGAAGCGAAGAGGGUUGCUGCUGAAGCUGCUGAGGAGUUGCGGCGCGCGGGAGAGGCAGCGCGGGCUGUGCCCAUCGGGACACCAACCUGGACCGGCCAAUUCGGCCUGGCUGGGAGACCCGAGGAGGCCCCAAGCCGGCCUGCGUUUGGUGGAAGCAGCAGCACAGCCAGACGAGCGAUAGCCGGUCCCUCCUCAGCCAGCGUCUUGGCCAACCUCUCCGCGCGCGCACCCUCGUCACGAAGUAGCAGCAACAGCAACAGCCCUGUCCCAUCGCGUACACCUAGCGGAGUGGAUUUCAUAACCAUGAUCCGAGAUUUCAUUACGGCCCAUGGCGGGGCAGUAUUUACUCAAAUGUUGAUCGAUCAUUUCAACCGCUACUGCACCACUCCGCAGCGGUCGGCGGAAUUCAAGGAAAUGCUGAAGACGAUUGCCGUGCUGAACAAGGGCGGACGGAACGGGCGCGGCAAAUGGUCCUUGAAGCCUGAAUAUGCUCAAAGAAGAUAA